CAUGAGUUCUUGUUUGGUGCCCUUGCUGAACUUGUAGAUAAUGCCAGAGAUGCAGAUGCCACGAGAAUAGACAUUUAUACUGAGCCACGGAAGGACCUACGAGGUGGAUUCAUGCUCUGUUUUUUGGAUGAUGGAACAGGAAUGGAUUCAAAUGAAGCUGCCAGUGUUAUCCAGUUUGGUAAAUCAGCCAAGAAAUCAGCAGAGUCCACUCAAAUUGGGCAGUAUGGAAACGGCUUGAAAUCGGGCUCCAUGAGGAUUGGGAAGGAUUUUAUCCUGUUCACGAAGAAAGACAACACCAUGACUUGCCUCCUCUUGUCACGGACAUUCCAUGAGGAAGAAGGCAUUGAUGAGGUCAUCGUUCCCCUGCCCACCUGGAGCGCACGGAGCUGUGAGCCUGUGACAGACAACAUAGAGAAGUUUGCUAUUGAGACAGAUCUCAUUUACAAGUAUUCUCCUUUCAAAUCACAACGGGAAGUGAUGGAGCAGUUCAGUAAGAUAAGUGGUGAGAAAGGCACCCUGGUGAUCAUCUUUAACCUCAAACUAAUGGAUAAUGGACAACCAGAGCUGGAUGUUUCUUCAGACCCUCAAGACAUUCAGAUGGCAGAAACAUCCCCAGAGGGAACCAAGCCGGAGCGCCGCUCCUUCCGUGCCUAUGCUGCUGUCCUUUAUAUUGAUCCCAGGAUGAGGAUCUUCAUCAAUGGACACAAAGUACAAACCAAACGACUCUCAUGCUGCCUCUACAAGCCAAGGAUGUACAAAUAUACUUCAAACCGUUUCAAGACCCGUGCAGAGCAGGAGGUGAAGAAAGCAGAGCACAUGGCAAGGAUAGCGGAGGAGAAGGCUCGUGAGGCCGAGAGCAAAGCCCGUGCGCUCGAGCUGCGCCUCGGAGGGGAUCUCACGCGGGAGUCCAGGGUGACACUGCGUCAGGUCCAGAACUUGGCCAUCGCCAUGCGAAGCGAGGCCGAUGUCAAGAAAAGGAUGAAGGAUGCAAAGCAGAGGGCACUGAAGGAACCCAAAGAGCUGAAUUUUAUCUUUGGGGUGAACAUUGAGCAGCGAGAGCUGGACGGGAUGUUCAUUUACAACUGCAGUCGGCUGAUCAAGAUGUAUGAGAAGGUGGGCCCACAGCUGGAGGGCGGCAUGGCAUGUGGAGGAGUGGUAGGCGUGGUGGAUGUGCCCUAUUUGGUUCUGGAGCCGACCCAUAAUAAACAAGACUUCGCUGAUGCCAAGGAGUAUCGACAGUUGCUGAAGGCCAUGGGAGAUCAUUUGGCUCAGUACUGGAAGGAUGUUGCUAUAGCCCAGAGAGGUAUUGUCAAGUUCUGGGAUGAAUUUGGUUACUUAUCAGCAAACUGGAACCAGCCUCCAUCUAGUGAACUGCGCUACAAGCGCCGCAGAGCCAUGGAGAUCCCCACCACGAUUCAGUGCGAUGUGUGUCUGAAGUGGAGGACUCUCCCAUUCCAGCUGAGCUCAGUGGAGAAGAACUACCCUGAUAGCUGGGUGUGUGCCAUGAACCCUGACCCUGAACAAAACAGAUGUGAGGCUGCAGAGCAGAAGCAGAAAGUACCACUGGGAACUCUGAAAAAAGACUUGAAAUCGCAUGAGGAAAAACAGAAACAACUGACAGAGAAAAUCCGCCAGCAGCAGGAAAAGCUGGAUGCUCUGCAGAAAACCACUCCAAUUCGAUCUCAAGCUGACUUAAAGAAACUGCCUCUGGAAGUGACCACUCGGCCUUUGGGGGAACACCCUCGACCUCUACGUCCACGGUCUCCUCCUUUGCCUGAUGUCAUCAGGAAUGCUCCCAGCAGACCACCUGGAUCUUCACCUCUUCCCAAGUCCAGCAGUCAGCUGAAAAAGAACUUGUCAGAUCGUCCAAAUACCAGCUCUGCUAAGCUGGCCAGCACGCUCUCCGAGGAGGAGGCCAGCACUUCCAGGACACAUCAGCACACUGUGACAGCUGGGAGGUCUAACAACAUUUUAAAAACUCUUACCAAAUCAGGUACAACCACAAAGUUCCUCUCUGCUGGCCUGCAGAGCUCCAAAAGCCCACGUGAGACACACAGUCCAAAAGCUGCAAAGGUGUCAGCAGUAAAGAAAUCUGCCUCUGGCAAAUGCUUACAGGCUUCCAGCCCUCGGAAGAGAAUCUGGAACAUGCCAGAGAAUGGGUCUGAGGAGGAGAGGGAGCACAGAAAGGAAAGGACAAAACGGGGAAAGUUUGUGGCAGUGAGGGAUGAGCAGGUUUUCAAUGAGGUGGUGGUGGAGCUCACAGACAGUGCUGGAGAGGAAGAGCUGCUGGAACUGAAGAAUGCUCAGAAAGACAAGGGGCUGCAUGUGGAGGUGCGUGUGAACAAGGAGUGGUUCACGGGCCGUGUCACGGCGGUGGACAAGGACGGACACACCGUCCGGUGGAAGGUGAAGUUUGACUAUGUCCCCACAGACACCACACCGAGGGAUCGCUGGGUAGAGAAGGGCAGUGAGGAUGUGAGGCUGAUGAAGCCUCCCUCUCCCGAGUACCAGGCUCCAGACAUGCAGCAGCAAGAGGAGGUGGUUGUGGCUGAACCUUCUACCUUGGACUGUGUCAGAAUUGAGCCAGACACCACUGGUCCCAGCAACAGCCAAGAAACCAUCGACUUGCUCGUCCAGAUCCUUCGGAAUUGUUUGAGGUACUUCUUGCCUCCAAAUUUUCCGAUCUCCAAGAACGAACUGAGUUCCAUGAGCUCAGAAGGGUUGUUGGCAUUUCCUUUGAAAGAGUAUUUCAAGCAGUAUGAGGUGGGUCUGCAGAACCUGUGCAAUUCCUAUCAGACACGUGCUGAUGCCCGGGCCAAAGCCUGCGAGGAGAACCUCCGCAACUCGGAGAGGAAGCUGAGGGACACAGAGGAGAAACUGCAGAAGCUGAGGACCAACAUCAUGGCCCUUCUGCAGAAAGUACAGGAGGACAUUGAUAUCAACACAGAUGAUGAACUGGAUGCAUAUAUUGAGGACUUGAUCAUGAAAGGAGACUGAGCAGCCCCAAUGCAAGGCCUGGAGAAGUGCAGAGAAGCUGGCUGCU